AAUAAAUGUGUUGAAAACUUAUUACCAACAGCUAACUUAGAAGAUUAGAUUGAAUUCUUCAAAACCACAAAUAUUCCCAGCGAAGUUCCUUGUUCACGUUUGGUCAAAUUAAUAAUGUUCAAAACAGUACCCUGGUAGUUCCCACACAGCUACGAUUAAAGGCUACAAAAAUCGCGUAGACACUCACUACCGUCACUUGCAAACGCCACCACUCCCGAGAUGUUUUUCUUGAGCUGGGGUCGCCCCUCUCCCCAAGACCAAAAAGCUUGCAUCAAUAAGGCAGGUACAUUCAACUAUGAUGAUAAAUAUAAAGGAGCUACUGCUAAAUCCUUGUCUUCUCUCAAAGCUGAUGAGGGGCUCUCCAAAGAUGGAUUUUUACUGAAUAAUGCGCGGGUUCUGAUGGGUUCUGGUGUUGAGACCUUUGAAAAGGGCAAGAGUGCUCUACGAAGCUGGAGGCAUUUUGGAUUGAAUUGGGCAUUUGUUGAUCCGAAAACACCAGUUCAACAAGGAGUUACGUUCUGUGUUUGUGUCAAGGAGUUCCUCCCAUGGGUCAUGAUGCCACUUCAGAUUGCAUAUGUAAAUGAAACCAGCACUACCAAAAACCGCGUGGCCUCAUUUGGUUUUGGAAGCGGAACUCUUAAUGGUCACUUACUGGCAGGAGAAGAGCGCUUUUCGAUUGAGAUUGAUGAGAACAAUCAAGUUUGCAAGCUAACCAGAGGAGGAAUGUGUUAUCAAAAUUCAGAACAAUCAGUUAUCAGUAGCUUUCACUGCAAUGCUUUUCAAGUUAAAUCUACAUCAUGAGCGUAAUGAUGGAUUCAACACAUUCAGUAACUCUUAUCAUUAAUUAGAGCUUGAUAGUUAUAUGCUUAAACAUUUAAGCAUAUUUGCAUACCCUUUAGCUCUAAAUAAUGGACAAGUGUCUCAAUAGAGUCAAUACUCAAUACUAAAAGUUUAACUAACCAUCAAUUUGCAUCAAUGUGACAAUGUUGUGAUAUGUGUUACUGAUUAACGGUGUCUUCUAAUGUCAUCUAUUCAACUUUUGUUCGA